AUAGUUGCAAGUGUUUUAUGUUAAGUGCUACUUAAGUUUUUGCUGUGAGAUUCAAAAGAUCCUCUCUCGGUUCAUGGUGACAUUCUCAAAGCGAGGAUCCGCUUGACAAAGGAGCAGCUUUAAAUGCACUUAAGAGGCAUCUGUGAUUUUAUCAAGAUUUUGGGGUAUGUCAUGAGCUGACGGUGGACAUAAACAACGAAGAUGACUCACCGGCGGGAAGAAACUCAGGAAUACGAUGAGAACACACUUAAAUUGAACCGUCACGAAGACAUAGAACUUCCAACUUUAACAAAUAUACCAAAUUUAAUAAACCAAAUAUCUUACUCAAAACACCCUGCUCCCUAUCCUGAAAGGGGAACAUGGAGUAGUAAAUUAGACUUUAUUUUAUCGGUAGUAGGUUUAGCUAUAGGUUUAGGUAAUGUGUGGCGAUUUCCUUAUUUAUGUUACAAAAAUGGAGGCGGUGCCUUUUUGGUACCUUAUUUUAUUACCUUAAUUCUUGCCGGCAUUCCUAUGUUCUUUAUGGAAUUGGCACUUGGGCAAAUGUUGACAAUAGGCGGUUUGGGAGUGUUUAAAAUUGCACCAAUCUUUAAAGGAAUAGGAUAUGCAGCAGCUGUGAUGUCAUGUUGGAUGAACAUAUAUUAUAUUGUAAUUUUAGCUUGGGCUAUAUUCUAUUUUUUUAUGUCUUUAAGAGCAGAUGUGCCUUGGAGGACUUGUAAUAACUAUUGGAAUACGAGGUUCUGUAUCAACCCUUAUGAUCGCAAGUCACUAAAUUGUUGGGAGAAAUUCACAGUUAAUAACACUGUAACAAAGGUCUGCCAAAUAAGUUCCUACAAUAUUUCAGCCGAUGAUCUCACUGAUCCUGUUAAGGAGUUCUGGGAGCGAAGGGCGCUCCAAAUCACAGAAGGAAUCGAGCAUGUUGGUUCUAUUAGAUGGGAGUUAGCUGGAACUUUGCUGUUAGUGUGGAUUGUUUGUUAUUUUUGUAUCUGGAAAGGCGUUAAAUGGACAGGAAAAGUAGUGUACUUUACUGCGUUAUUCCCCUAUGUUCUUCUGAGUAUAUUAUUAAUACGAGGCAUUACAUUACCUGGAGCCGUGGAAGGAAUCAAGUUCUAUGUAAUGCCCAACUUGUCCAAACUGACUGAAUCGCAAGUGUGGAUCGACGCAGUAACACAAAUAUUUUUCUCUUAUGGACUGGGGUUGGGCACUUUGGUGGCUCUUGGAAGUUACAACAAAUUUACCAAUAAUGUCUACAAAGACGCUCUAAUUGUGUGUACAGUGAAUUCGAGUACAAGCAUGUUUGCUGGUUUUGUCAUCUUUUCUGUAGUGGGAUUUAUGGCCCACGAACAACAAAGGCCUGUAGCUGACGUUGCCGCUUCAGGUCCGGGUCUUGCUUUUCUGGCAUACCCCUCGGCAGUACUACAACUACCAGGUUCACCUCUAUGGGCGUGCCUGUUCUUCUUUAUGAUUCUUCUCAUCGGUCUCGAUUCCCAGUUUUGUACUAUGGAAGGUUUUGUGACAGCCAUAGUUGAUGAAUGGCCUGGAUUGCUGCGAAAACGGAAAGAAGUGUUCAUAGCGAUAGUAUGUUUCCUUUCCUACCUGGUUGGGUUGUCUUGUAUAUCACAGGGAGGAAUGUAUGUAUUUCAAAUACUAGAUUCGUAUGCUGUUAGUGGAUUUUGUCUGCUGUUUCUAAUAUUCUUUGAGUGCAUUGCUAUAUCAUGGGCUUUUGGAGUAAAUAAAUUCUACGACGGCAUCAAAGAUAUGAUUGGAUACUAUCCAAUAAGCUGGUGGAAGUUUUGUUGGACUAUUUCAACGCCUUUUAUCUGUGUAAGUGUCUUCGUUUUUAACUUGAUACAAUGGGCACCAGUUAAAUACUUAAAUUACGAAUUUCCACUUUGGGCCCAUUUGUUUGGCUGGACUACGGCGUUGACAUCUAUGUUGUGUAUACCAGGAUACAUGGUCUAUAUAUGGUAUGUCACGCCUGGAGAUCGACAAGAGAAAAUACGUCUGCUUGUCAAAAUUGAUGACGACGUCCAAGCAGUACGAGCGAAAAUGCAACAAAAUGGGGCAAGCCACAACGUAUAAGAGACUGCAAAGGCUUUUAUUGGAACUUUAUUACUUAUAAGGAGAUCAUAAUCACUUUAUAGUGUAUAAAAAUUAACUUCAUAGAUAUAAAAAUACUUUGCUAACUUGAUUUUGUAAAUACGUGUAUGUAGGUAAGUUCAAACGGUAAAUUUAUUUAAAAAAAUGUAUAUAUUCAUAGUCUUUAAAAAAUGUAUUUUUUUUAUAUAGAAUUUUUUUAAUUAUGUUAAAUUUAUGUUAAUAUUAAUUACGUUAAAUAAAAUAUUGUAGAGUAUAUCAUUUAUAAGGUCCAUUAAAAAUACCGUUGCUUAAUGGCUCUGGACAAUAAGAAGAGAAUAAUCAUAGCAUAUAAUGUAUUAAUUAAACUGCACUAAUUUUGUACUAGUAUGUUGGUUUCUGAAUGCAUUAGACAUGUUUUUUCCAAAUAAAUUAUUUCAUCGUUUUUUCGCACGUUAUUAUGUCCAAAACGUUGUUAAAAAUACUUUAGAACUAUGCAAUCUGAAACCAUAGAAAAAAAUUAGAAUUUGCCAAUAUUUGAAUGUGUAGAUAUAACAAUUUCUGACAUAAUUUGUUGUGUCAUAUGACUCAACUUAAAAAAUACUCAUUAGUAUACUUAUCUUCCUAAUUAAUUUGUAUACAGUUAAGGAAAAAUAACAUAUAUAUUAGAGAUUUUUUGAAAAAAUUAUUUCAGCUAAUUAACCCUCACUUACCUCAUUAAUGAGUAUACUAUAUAUAAUAAUAACGCUAAAAAAUUUAACGCUUUUAAAAAAAUAAAUAAAUUUUAAAAUACCUAUAUGUCAUAAUCAAUGUACUUGAAACUCGACAAGGCAUUUUGUUUUCAUUACAAAAGUGGGUUGGUUUAUUCCAUUGUAGUAAUCAUUUUCUAAAACCAAGUUUUUAACUAGUCACUGUAUUCAUGAUUGUUAUUGAAAUCAAAUUUUUUAAAUAAAUAUUU